UGUUAUCUACAACAUAAAUUAAUUGAAUAACUACAAACAAAUGUAGACAAUUUGCCCAAAUGUGAUUCUUUAUUCAAAAUAAAUGUUUACAAAAGCUUAGGCUUUCAGUAUACAUUCCAACAUGACGCUGAGCUGCAUCCUGUCCUGGAAGAAGAAGAGUACCACGAUGCCACCGUAUAGCUCAAAGGUCAAUCUCUUGCCCUUGAAAGAACAACUUACAACUUAUUUUUUAAUUCUCCUAUCAAUAUGAUCAACUUAUUCUUUAUUCUCUCAUCAAUAUGAUCAUCGUUGUAUGUUCCUGGAAGAAAUGAUGAUGAAUUUUGACGAUUCUAUGCUUUUGAUGAACCCAAUUUUUCAUUUUAAUAACAGAAAAUUAGACAUAAAACUAUGUGUGAUGUUUGUACAUACGAAUCCGAUGCAACCAGAAGAUGAUAUGCAAGGAAAACAAUGAGGACUUUCUUUUUCCCAAUACCUUCGUUGGAUCUCACAACAUAUCACAACUGCGUAACUAUAGAACUGCGUUCAAAUGAAAGAGUGUACUUCUUACAUUACUGCGUCAACUGAAUGACAUUCAUGUCUCUCUACUUAGCUGUAGUAAAUGAACUACGAUUCUACAAAUACAGGGAACAUUCUCCUCUUCUUAUCAAGUGCUGAAUCGAAUUUUCAUCUAACUACGUUAUAUCCUGCAUGUCUUGAAUUAGUUGAAAACUCGUUGGAUAUUGUAAUUCAUUUAUUUAACUAGCAGAAUUUCUUUUCUAAACUGUCAAAUCAAAUGUUCUAGGUUCAACAAAAUCACGUAUCUGAAGGAGCUAACUUUCUCAUUGUGCAUUUUGCCUCUGUAGCAUUUAACUAAGUUUUAAAGAUCAAAGUCAUUGUUGUAGUUUUUGAGCAUGAUCUGUAUUACUUCAAUUAGUUUAACUGAGAACAAAUAGCUGGGUUAUGUAAUAACAAAUAGUUCAAAUUAAACAAACUGUGGCAUCAAAUUACCUGAUAAGAAAUUUUCACAUCCUUGGAAAAUAUGAAUUUUUCCUCUAUGAUUCUUAUGCAAUUCUAUGGGAGCAAAACGUGCUGCAUCAAAAACUGAUUCCUUACCUUUGAUAACACAGCUAAUCGUAUGAGGUUCACAAGUCGUAUCUUUCUGUUGAAUAGUUAGCAGACCAUUUUAGUUAGUUUUGAGCAUUCGGAUACAUAUGUGACUAUGUUUUGGUUAUUUAUUUAUUCUUUCCUUUGGAUAGUCCAAUUACUGUUUUCUGAAUUAUUGUAACAAAUUGCCUUCAAUAGAAUUAGAGCCUACGCACUGACAAUUUGAUUCCUUCUGAAAUAAAAAAUCUAGACAGCUUGACAUCUUGCUAACUCGUUAGCUAACCUUAUCUGGUCAACCGUCAUAAUUAAGUCAGGGAAUUAAUUACAAGUUCGACUAGCAGAUACAUGAAAACUGGCCCCUUUUUUUUGGGUGCUCUAUUUGCUGAAGUACUUGUGAAUUAUAAGUUUCAUGCUGAUCUGGAUAUCGAAUUAUAGCAUGUAUUGUUCAUAUUUCUUCCACUGGCAACACUGUUUUACGUACACUUCUAAAAAAAAUGACCAUUAUUUUUUCUCUUAAUUUUCUCUAGAAUACAGAAUGAUGUCAGUCUUAGUGUAUUUGAUUGUUAUCACAAUACUGUAUCAGGGUUAAUGAGUGAUUCUUCUGUUGCAACAAGCUUGAUAUGCAAAAAAUUGUUUGCUUGUCCAUCUCAUUUUUAUAUCCUAUAUUGUAGACGUUGAAGCCACCUUUUGAUUGAGGUUUGGUCGUUUGGAACUAGUAAUAGAAACUUUCAACAUCUGAAUAAAAGGUGCUCCUUGUACUACUGCCGUGUAAUUUACAUGUCACUGCCUUUUAGAUUGUAACUUAAGUAUCCUUGUUCCCUUCAACUAAUAUAGAAUUUCAUGCCCAGUUGAUAUUGUGAGAAAGAAACAAACCCUGCAGUCGAGACAUUUUAGUAUUCUCAGGAUAUCUGUACUUAUUUUACUGACAUCCAGUUAUAAGAUUACGGCUGCCUUGAUGUUUGAAUUCUAUAGCUGGGAUGCUCUUCUAAACGGUUAAGCGUCGUCUUUAAGUCUUUUGGUGUUAUAUUAAGUUGACUUUGAAUGGAUGUUCUAGACAUUUCUGCAAUUGCUCAGGCUUCAAAUGUGCCAAACCAAAUGAGUUCGAUAAUUGCAGCAAGCUGGUUUUACACUAUGUCAAAACUUGAAACGCAAUAUCUAUACAUGGAAUGUGUUUAAUGAACUCGUCACUCACAAGCUACUACAUGCUUCAACUACUUUAGACAGGCAACAAUCAUCGUAACUCGUUAGCUUGGGCGAGCGUUUGAUGUUGAUUAAUAAAUAGUAUGUUGACUUCUCAAGUUGAUUAUCCUUGUGCCAUAUAUACUUGAUUCUGGCUUGGGUUAGAAUUAUGUUGGAUUCUCUAUGUUGAAGCUUUAUGUGGCAUCACAAUCGAGCACAUUUUUCAGCUUGUGUGCUCUCCUCUUGGAGUUUGGUCAGCCGGCCUAGUGAGAUGGAAGGGCUGGGAAUCAUUAGCUUUAAAUAAUACAACCUUGCACAAUUUUGUAGAUGCUCCUUGGAGGCAAAUGGUGUCUCAAUCUUAUUUUGCUGAUGUGAUUGAGAGAUUGCAUCUCCAAAUAGUUCGCGGCCUUACAUUUGAAGGAAUAUCUAGAAGGUUUCUGAUUUUUAUUUUAGAUUUUCAUUUGUGCCAAAGUAGAAGGUUUCUGAUGUUUUCAAUUUUGAUGGCAUUAGAUCUCAAGUGACAGGUAAGUAUGUUUUUGAAACAUCGGUCCUUUAUCUUUUCUUAGGGUGCUCCUAAUUCAAAAUUUGACCCCUAUUGUGGGCCUAUUGGAUCCUUGGCGAUUGUGGACGAUAUAGGGUAGUAGAGAUGUGUCUAUUGCCCGUAUAAGAAAACCCUGAACAUAGGCCAAUGGUAGGUGGUGAUGAUGUUGACUAGAGAUGAUAAACUUCUUACUCCACUUAAGCAACCCAAAAUCAAAAGAAAUGAAUCGUCCCCACGGGAUCCAAUUGAUUAAAAGGUGGUAGAUUUUUUAUAAUGAGGUAAAGAUCAAUGUUCGAUGAGUUUAUAUUCUCGGAGAAAAAAUUCUUCAGCUAUAGUUGAGCCUAUGAUUUAUCAUCUUUAAUAUUAUAAUAUGGGAAUGUACUAUAAAAGACGUCUAUAAUCACUUUAAUACUGGAAUGAUUCUCACAAUUUCCCAGAUCGAUGAAAUAUGUGUGCAUCUUUUAACUCUGAUAAAAAAUUGGGAUGGGCAUUAGUAUAGAAUGUAGUCAAUCAGUUACAGCCUGGGUACAGACCAUAAUUUCGAUUGUGUAGCAUUAAAGAAAUUUUUGGACUUUUCUUUGUCCCAUUGCUAAUUAAGAGAGACGAGGCCUUCCUUUUGCAGUCAUAGUUGUUGAAAUGGACUGGCAAAAAUUUCCUCAAGUAGACUUUGCAAUAUUGAUCACCCCCACCGCCUGACCGCAAUUGACUCCAUCGCCUUGUUCCCUAACACGGCCUGUUUGUCGUCGUCCGCCAUUGCUGACAAAUACCACAACUUAAAGGAAACUAAUCAAGUUAAUGUAUGACCAUGUUAUAUGCCCCUUCUUCUCCAUCGUGAUGGCCUUGGGUCGGGUGCGGCGGGGGCGGAGGCGAGCGAUUUCGCCUUUUUGCCACAUGUUAUAUGCCCUUUCGUCAAAAUGCAGACUUCCUUUGUUCACAUUUCUCUGUCUAGAUCUCGAUAAGCUUGUUUGCUGACUUCAUUGCCACCAUAGAAUUCUGCAUCCAAUUAAUGAUAGCUUCUUCCUUUCUCUGAAAAGUGAUAAGAAGAUGAGAGUUGCAGUAGCACAACGUUAGCAACGAUUUGUGUACCGAUUCAGCAGCAAGUAAUAGUGUAGGGGAAAGCAGCAUUGGAACACCAAGAAAGUUAUGAACUUUAUAAGAUGCAGUAAGAUUUCCAUGGCCAGGAUGCAGCGCUUUCUUUUCCAGUUCCUAAACAUACUAGCAGUCAUAUCCAUCGUUCAUUGUCAGUCAGGCGAUUCCUUGACUCCAAAUAGCUCGCUCAGUAAUGGCCAGAACUUGACUUCUCCCGGAGGUAUAUUCCAGCUCGGCUUCUUCACUCCCAUCAGUGGCUCAGUAAAUGGAUAUAUAGCGAUAUGGUACAGCAAUUCCUCUCUCACGGAACGCAUGGUAGUAUGGAUUGCCAAUAGGAACCAAUCCAUCAACACCUCCACCGCAACACUCAACUUCACCUCCGAUGGCAAUCUAAUCCUCCUCGACAACGGUUCAUGGUCGACCGGGACAUCCGCAGCUCAAAAUUCAGCACAAGUGCAACUUUUGGACUCGGGCAAUCUCAUCGUGACCGGUGACGGCGGUGGUGGCUCGAAUGAGACUCUGUGGCAGAGCUUCGACCAUCCGAGCGACACUCUCCUACCCGGCAUGAGGCUCGGAGUUGACUACCGAACCAACACCUCGAGGCAGCUCGUGUCGUGGAAGAGCGUUACCAACCCCUUUCCGGGCAGCUACGCCUUCAAGAUGGAGACUCGAGGAGUUCCAGAGAUCUUCCUCUGGAAUGGCUCCUCUAAAAUCUACCGAACGGGUCCUUGGAACUCUCAGGGAUUCAGCGGCAACCCGAGGAUGGAGAAAAGCGACAUUUCGAGCCAAUUAGACUUCAAUUUCGUGUCCAACAGUGACAUGGUCUACUACUCGACUCAAUACAAGGUCGAGUCGUCAGCACUGUCGCGAGCAGUGAUGAGCGCCGCCGGCCGAUACGAGCGGUGGAACUGGGAGAGCGGCCGGUGGCUGUAAUUCUGGAACGUGCCCGAGGACGACUGCGACGGGUACGGGCGCUGCGGGCGCAACCGCAUCUGCACCAUGGGCUACUACUCCUCCUUCUGCGAUUGCUUGGAAGGCUUCGCGCCGGCGCCGAACGGAAGUCUCGGAUGCGACAGGAAGAAGCCGUUGAGUUGCGCGUCGAACAGAGUCUUGAAGGUAGCCAACGCAAAGCUGCCCGACACAGAGAACGCCACGAUACGAGGCCAGAUGAGCCUGGGUGCGUGCAACGACGUGUGCACCAACGACUGCUCCUGCGUGGCGUACGCACUGGUUGGGGAAAACGGGUGCGUCACUUGGGAAGGCGAUUUAGUGGAUCUCAGGAAUUUUACCGAAGGAGGGGAUGAUUUAUAUAUCCGCCUUGCAGGGUCUUCUAAACGCAGUGUGCUUGUUUGGGCGAUAGCCGUUCCUGUGUUCCUGGCAUUUCUGCUGCUGUGUAGUCUAAGUGUGUUCAUGUGGAGGAGAAAGAGAGUAGGGAAACAAGACUGCCGUGAGACUGGCUCCGAAUCCUCCUCGGUCAAGGACGAUACCAGCUUGCUGAUGUGCUUGUCCAAGAUGGACAAAGGCGACUUUGGUAGCCUCUCGACAGUGGCUUUCGAUGCAUCAGAGCUGAGGUCGAGGUCGAUCAACUCUGAGACAUAUGGUCCGUGUUUUGAGGGAGCAGGUGCAGGUCGGCUCGACAUCUUGGGGGCACUGCCUUCCUAUGAUCUGUCUACAAUAAAGGCUGCAACAAAUGAUUUCUCUAUCAACAACAAACUUGGUGAAGGAGGAUUUGGUGUGGUUUACAUGGGUCAAUUGCAAGAUGGACAAAAGAUUGCCGUGAAGAAAUUAUCUAGACAUUCUUCGCAGGGCCCGAGCGAGUUCCAGAAUGAGCUCUCGCUAAUAUCCAAGUUACAACACAGAAAUCUUCUCCGUGUCCUCGGCUCCUGCAUUCAAGGAGAUGAGAGACUUAUCAUCUUAGAAUACAUGGAGAACAAGAGCUUAGAUGGUUUCAUUUACGAUAAAACGAAAGGCGCAUUGCUAAGUUGGCAAAAGCGCCUUGACAUUAUAAAUGGCAUUGCUCGGGGACUUCUAUACCUGCAUCAAGACUCUAUCUUGAGAGUCAUUCAUAGAGAUCUCAAGCCAAGCAAUAUUCUCCUAGACAAAAAUAUGACUCCAAAGAUUUCUGAUUUUGGUAUUUCAAGAAUAUUCGAAGGUGAUGGAGCUCCUAUGAAUGCAACCACAAGACCUGUUGGAACACUUGGAUAUAUGGCACCAGAGUACUUAGCAGAUGGAUUUUUUUCAUUUAAAUCAGAUGUAUUCAGCUUUGGUGUCUUAGUAUUAGAAAUAUUAAGUGGCAGGAGGAACAAAGUGUUCAAUCAAACAGAUAUGAGCUCAAACCUUUUAGUACAAGCAUAUAUACUAUGGAAGGAUGGUAGAUCACUUGAGCUUCUUGAUGAUGCACUAGAUUGCUCGUAUCCUACCAUUGAAAUCCUACGUUGCAUCCGGAUGGCUCUUUUAUGUGUGCAAGAAAAUCCUGAAGACCGGCCCACAAUGGCUGAAGUCGUAAUGAUGUUGGCAAGUGAGGACCAGCUUGUUACUCCACUUAAGCAGCCAUUAAUAAGAUCAAUCGCCUGUGAAAGAGGCUUCACAACUCAAGAAAUGAGCAUUACAAUGACAGGUAGAUGAAAUGUGUUAAUCGCCUUUAAAAUAGUCAAUUGUUUAAUUACACAUCUUAAUUAGAUGUGAUGCAGUUAUAAAUUAUCUGACCAUGAGUAAUACAUGGCUCUUAGAUGUAAUACAUUAGAAUUUAUAUUUUGUAUGUUUGUUGAUCAUCUUAAAAUAAGUGGGAAUUGAAUUUUCAA